AUGACAACAGGAACAGACAGGGAAUUUCGGAGAGGAGAGAGAGAGUCAGAGAGAGAGAGCAAGCGAGAAAAAGAUUUUAUGUUGAUGAUAUGGGUCCGACCCGCCGAAAAAUGUCCGAGAUGCACAUCGAGUAGGGGGAAAGGGAAGGUUCCUCAUUUGUUUUUUCUAUUGUUCUAUUGUGAAUAUCUGAUUUCUUUCAAUAUGGCAUAUGAGCUCUAUGGACUCUUAGCUGGAAAAGUUAGCACUGUCACGAGAGAAAUCAUCAAGCCUUCCUAUGGUGGGGAUGAUGAAGCCUUCUUACGGAAAGUCAUAACACCUAUUUAUCAAUGUUUGUAUGGCUACCAGGGAUCCAAGAAAGAUAAAAACGGGAUAGCCCCUCACACUGCCUGA